UCGCCGAAGUCUCGCAGCCUACGCACAGAGGACGGCGGGCGCGGAGAGCCCCGGGCGGCGCCCGCGGGGGCCAGCCGCGCGUGCUCCGAGCUCGGGGUCGUCGCAGCAGCCGGCACCGAGGCCGUCACCAGAGUCCGGGGAGGAGGAGGACAAGGACCAGCGGAAAACGAAGGGCACGACGAGGAACAAGAGAGGAGACGAAGAACGCGAAGAGGUAACGACGAGAGGGAACGACUGCGCAAGCCGAAAACCGCAAGCCAGCGCCAGGAGGCGCUCGGCGUGGCCGUGUGGGCGGAGAAAUGA